CCAGAUUAUAUAUAGCUUUACUACUGACACUAGCUCCAUUAUUAUACCGAAUAAUACUGAUAAUGAAAAAACUCCUAUAUCUAAGAAAUCGGUAAUUCGAGGUUAUACUUCAUCUCCAAGA